AACUGUCAGCUGUUAGUUGCGUGCGAUAGCCUUUCCUUGAUCCCUACCAAAGGUUAGAAAAUGAUAAUGGCUAUGUACAUAAUCGGGUAAAUGCGUGACUUGAUAUGAAGAAGAAAAAGUACAAGUCAAUGUGGAACAUAUUUACUUAAAUUACGACAUACGAAUGAUACAAAUACACUCGUCAUGUAUCAUUUUGGAAAAUUUAACUCGAUAUUUUACAGGCAUCAAUUAUCCUCGUAUGCCCGAAAGUCUCAUCAAUCAGCUUCGCAGCUCGAGAAAGUCAGGAUCAACAAAAUUCUGAUAGCAAACAGAGGAGAAAUAGCAUGUCGCAUAAUAAAAACUGCUAAAAAACUUGGUGUAAAGACUGUGGCUGUAUAUAGCGAAGCGGACAGGAAUUCUAUGCAUGUGGAACAAGCUGAUGAAGCUUAUUGCAUUGGACCUGCUCAAUCUAAUCAGAGUUAUUUACGGCAAGAUAAGAUUAUAUCAGUUGUUAAACAAGCCAAAUGCCAAGCUGUCCAUCCAGGAUAUGGAUUUCUUUCAGAAAAUACAGAAUUUGCAGAGUUAUGUCAACGGGAGAACAUCAUAUUUAUCGGUCCACCAGCCAGUGCUAUUAGAGAUAUGGGUAUAAAAAAUACUUCAAAAGCUAUUAUGAUGAAAGCUGGAGUUCCUAUCAUAGAAGGCUACCAUGAAAAAGAUCAGACAAGUGAAACAUUAUUGAUAGAAGCCAGAAAGAUUGGAUUUCCAUUAAUGAUCAAAGCUGUACGCGGUGGUGGUGGGAAAGGUAUGAGAAUUGCUCUGAAGGAAUCUGACUUUAUUGAAGCACUGGAAUCUGCAAGAACUGAGUCUGAAAAAGCAUUCGGGGAUUCGGCAGUGCUCUUAGAAAAAUAUGUUGCUAAACCUAGGCAUGUGGAAGUACAGAUUUUUGCUGAUAAAUAUGAAAAUGCUGUUUAUCUGUUUGAAAGAGAUUGUUCUGUUCAAAGGAGGCAUCAGAAAGUAAUUGAGGAGGCGCCUGCUCCUAAUAUUUCCCAGAAGCUCAGGCAAGAAUUGGGAGAAGCAGCUGUGCGUGCUGCUAAAGCUGUGGGAUAUGUGGGUGCUGGUACAGUGGAAUUUAUAAUGGAUCAAAAUAGUCAUAGUUUUCACUUUAUGGAGAUGAAUACGCGUCUUCAAGUAGAGCAUCCUGUCACCGAGGCAAUUACUGGUUUGGAUCUGGUUGAAUGGCAAAUGAAAAUAGCCAGUGGCGAAGAACUUCCGCUUAAGCAAGAGCAAAUCACUCUUAAUGGCCAUGCAUUUGAAGCCAGAAUUUAUGCCGAGAAUCCAAGAAAUGGUUUCUUACCAGGAGCUGGUCAACUUUUAUAUUUAAAAACCCCUCAAAUAACAGAUAAUGUUAGAGUUGAAACUGGAGUUCGACAAAAUGAUGAAGUGUCUGUGCAUUAUGAUCCGAUGAUAGCGAAAUUAGUGGUUUGGGGAAAAGGUAGAAACGAAGCUCUCAAUGUACUUAGAUCAAAGCUCAAUGAAUAUAAUAUUGCUGGCCUGGAUACAAAUAUAGAAUUUAUCAAAGAUCUUUGUGUUCACCCUAAAUUUCAAAAUGGCGAAGUACACACGGGAUUUAUCGAGGAAAACUUUGAACAACUAUUUCCUAAAUUACACGUACCUAAUUCAAUACUGAUUCAAGCUGCUCUUGCUUGGAUAUUACAUGAAGAUGUAGAUUCAUUGAGUGCAUCAUUAGAAACAAAAGAUCCCUUCAGUCCAUUUGCCAUGGAAACUGGACUCAGAUUAAAUCACACGUUAAAUCAUACAUUUCAUUUUAAUGUCGGAAAUGAAAAUCAUAUAGUGGAAGUGAAAUAUCCGGAACCAGAUUUGUAUCUAAUGAGAGUUAAUAGAUUAGGACCAUGGAGAAAAGUGAUUGGAACUUUGAAAAAAAUAGAUGAUGUUUUAGAGCUAUUUACGGAAAUUGAUGGAAUAAUCACUAAAGCACGGACAGUGAAACUCAAUAAUAAAUUACACAUAUUUACUAAAGAUCAUGAAUGGCAAUUGAUUAUUCCUACUCCUAAAUUCGUGAAUACACUUAUGGGCCGAACAGAGCAAAAUCCGUAUACAGCACUAAGUCCAAUGCCUGGAUUAGUUGAAAAAAUCUUUGUUAAUAAAGGAGAUGUAAUAAAGAAGGGCGAUUCAUUACUUGUUAUUGUUGCCAUGAAAAUGGAGUAUAUUAUUAAAGCAUGUACAAAUGGAGUUGUUGAAGAUGUACUGUGCUCUAUAGGUGAUAAUGUUGCCAAAGAUAAACUUCUUAUCAAAUUGACAGAAGCUAAAGUAUAAUAUAUACAACGUGAUGUACAAUAAUCGUUAGUCUAAUAAUUGAUACAUAUAUUAUUAUACACAUUAUUAUGUAUGAUAUAUUAUUAUUUGUAUUUUUAUAAUGACUUAUGAGGGAAAAGAAGAACAAAAAUUAGCACAAAAAUAAUUAUCAUAUUUGUUUAUAUUCUUGUAAAUAAAUUUUUAAAUAAAUUUUUAUACAUACACACAAUAUGUGUGCAUGUGUUGUGUGCGCGCGCGCAUAUAGAUGUAUGGGAAAUUUUUUUACACGGGAAAAAAUGUAUGCUACAUAAUCUCAAAGAUUGAAUAUUUUUAAUACAGGUGAAAGAAGAAAAAAUAAAUA